CCCUGAGUCACUGCCUGCGCAGCUCGGGCCGCCCGGCUCCCGGCGCUCGCCACCGAUAUUUGGCAUUUGUACAACAUGGCAGGCAUCGACAACAAAGAACGGUCUGAACUUGAUCAAGAUUUGGAUGAUGUUGAAGAAGUAGAAGAGACUGGUGAAGAAAUGAAAAUCAAAGCGCGUCAGCUGACUGUUCAGAUGAUGCAAAAUCCUCAGAUUCUUGCAGCCCUUCAAGAAAGACUUGAUGGUCUGCUAGAAACACCAACAGGAUACAUUGAAAGCUUGCCUAGUGUAGUUAAAAGACGAGUGAAUGCUCUUAAAAACCUUCAAGUUAAAUGUGCACAGAUAGAAGCCAAAUUCUACGAGGAUGUUCAUGAUCUUGAAAGAAAGUAUGCUGUUCUUUAUCAGCCUCUGUUUGAUAAGCGAUUUGAGAUCAUUAAUGCCAUUUGUGAACCUACAGAAGAAGAAUGUGAAUGGAAACCAGAUGAGGAAGAUGAAAUUUCGGAGGAGCUAAAAGAAAAGGCCAAGAUUGAAGAUGAGAAAAAGGAUGAAGAAAAAGAAGAUCCCAAGGGAAUUCCUGAGUUUUGGUUGACCGUUUUUAAGAAUGUUGACUUGCUCAGUGAUAUGGUUCAGGAACGUGAUGAACCUAUUCUGAAGCACUUGAAAGAUAUUAAAGUGAAGUUCUCAGAUGCUGGUCAAUCUAUGAGUUUUGUCUUAGAAUUUCACUUCGAACCCAGUGAAUAUUUCACAAAUGAAGUGUUGACAAAGACAUAUAGGAUGAGGUCAGAACCAGAUGAUUCUGAUCCCUUUUCUUUUGAUGGACCAGAAAUUAUGGGUUGUACAGGGUGCCAGAUAGAUUGGAAAAAAGGGAAGAAUGUCACUUUGAAAACAGUUAAGAAGAAGCAGAAACACAAGGGACGAGGGACAGUUCGUACUGUGACCAAAACAGUUUCUAAUGACUCUUUCUUUAAUUUUUUUGCCCCUCCUGAAGUUCCUGAGAGUGGAGAUCUGGAUGAUGAUUCUGAAACUAUCCUCACUGCAGACUUUGUAAUUGGUCACUUUUUAUGUGAGCGUAUAAUCCCAAGAUCAGUGUUAUACUUUACUGGAGAAGCUAUUGGAGAUGAUGACGAUGAUUAUGAUGAAGAAGGUGAAGAAGCGGAUGAGGAAGGGGAAGAAGAAGGAGAUGAGGAAAAUGAUCCAGACUAUGACCCAAAGAAGGAUCAAAAUCCAGCAGAGUGCAAGCAGCAGUGAAGCAGGAUGUAUGUGGCCUUGAGGAUAACCUGCACUGGUCUACCUUCUGCUUUCCUGGAAAGGAUGAACUUACAUCAUUUGACAAA